AUGGGUUCCGAACGAUAUCCCCUCCAAAACAAGGGGAUCUACCAUAACCUUCCCACAUUCGACCCAUCCAUCAAGAAUCUCACUGCCAUCGUCACCGGCGCCAAUGGCAUCUCAGGCUUUCAUACCAUGCGCGUCUUGCUCGGGAGUCCGGAGCGCUGGAGUAAAGUCUAUGCUUUAUCCCGCCGGCCGCCUCCCCAGCAAAUGAUGGCUCUACUCCCUGAGGCUCAGCGUGCCCGUGUGCAACAUGUUGCCGUGGAUUUCCUUGAAGAUCCCAAGAAAAUUGCCCAAGCCAUGGCCGAGGCCAAUGUGACUGCCGACUACAUCUUCUUCUACUCAUACCUCCAACCAAAACCGCCUCCAGGGGCGCCAGCCUGGUCCAACGCCGAGGAACUUGUCAAGGUCAACAGCGGAUUACUCGACAACUUCCUCCAGGCACUCACCAUUGCGCAAAUCACUCCACGACGCUUUCUUCUUCAAACUGGCGCGAAAAAUUACGGCGUGCACAUUGGCCGCGGACGAACUCCCGCCAUCGAAUCUGACCCACAACCUGUCCAUCUCGAACCCAACUUCUACUACCCACAGGAGAAAUCGCUGUUUACAUAUUGCAAAGCAAAUAAUACGUCGUGGAACGUCAUUCGUCCGGCUUGGAUCCUCGGCGCCGUGAACAAUGCCCAGAUGAAUGCUCUACAUCCAUUCGCUGUCUACGCUGCUGUCCAGGCGAAGAAAGGCGAGCCGUUGUACUUCCCCGGAGAUUGGGACACCUGGCAAACCGAGGCCCACCACUCGACUGCCAUGUUGACUGGGUAUCUCUCUGAAUGGGCCGUGCUGGAGGACAAAUGUAAGAAUGAAGCAUUCAAUUCACAGGACACGAGCCCCUUGAGCUGGGAUCGCUUCUAUGAGGAGCUGGCACGCUGGUUCGGUGUGGAGCGAGGCAUUCAUCCGCCCGAGGAGGAUUUGAAUAAAUUCACAGAGUUCGAGGGGAAGAGUGGCAGCGCUACGCCGAUGGGCUACGGACCCCCAACGGUAUAUCGCAGCUUAUUCUCCCUGGUGAAAUGGGCCUCAGAACCCGUUAAUCAAGAAGCGUGGCAGAGCCUAACGAAGGAAUCCGGUGGGCAGUUGACCGACAACCCUUUCAAGGAUGUCGAAGCAAAUUUCACCUUCGGAGACGCUGCGCUCGCCAGGUUCGGCAGUCUUUCUAUGAACAAAGCCCGCAGGCUGGGCUGGACUGGAUUUGUUGAUACCAUGGAGGCGAUUUUUGAGAUGUACUCUGAAAUGGGCGAUUUGGGCAUGGUGCCCAGAAUGAAAGUCGACAAACCUAAGCCGUUGGUGUAG